AUGAACCCCCUCGGCCCCAAUGGCUUUCUGAUAAAGGCGGGAGAACACCUUCCGCUGGUUGCAGACGGCCUACGGUGCUACUUCAAAUUCAAGGGCCAGAUCGAGGCAGAGGAACGAGCCCGAGCUUUUUCGCUGCAGAGAUAUUUGGCGAAGGAUGGAGCCCUCGUGAAGGUGGCGGAGCUGUUGCCCGGCUCCAACCUCAUCGCCUCAGCCAUGCUGGACCUGCGAGGCCACCACCAGGAAGCUCAGGAAGCUUUGAAUUUGUUGAAGAACUGGCGGCAGUGCGGCAGCCCCGAUGGACCUUUGGCAAAGGUGGCUGAGAUGCUACCCGGAGUGGACGUUAUUGCCUUCGGGAUCCAUGUCCAGUCCGGAAACUUCGCCCAGGCUCUCAGAUCGAUCUCCAAAACACGCUGGACAACAAUUACGGGCGAAUCCAUCGUCCUGACCAUGAUGGCCGAGACCCUGCAUGAGUGGACGCUCACCGAUCUCGAGGUCGUGAAGUUGGACAUUGAUCCCGUGGCCAGCUUCAUGUACGGAGGCCUCUUGGAUGUGGUGACUCUUCUUAUCGAGGUCAAUUCCCAGGGCCAGCAGCGCUCCAGGGCCCGGCGCGUCCGCCUCAACUCGCCGCGCUUGGACGGGAAGCCCCAUCGAGCCCUGAGAGCGCGCUCUGAGCUCCACAAGGACUCGAGUGACGAGAGCUUCCCCAACACAGCCUCGCAACCCCGUUGCCUCGAGAUGUCGAUGGCCUGGCUCCGAGAGGCUGCGGCCGCCUCAGCACAGAGGAGCGCCGGGAAUUCGGCAGGGACAGUCCCGGCCGUUUCGGUUGGGUCUUCCCCGUCUUGGAGCCGCAUCGACGACCUGGGCGGUGGGCUCUUCUUGUGCGGUGCGGCGGCGCUGGAGAACCGGGCGGAGUUGGAACGCCUGGGCAUCCGCUCCAUCCUGAACUGCGCCACCGAGGAUCUCUACGACCGCUCCUACUCCCAGAAGGAAAACUCAGCACCCUUGCGCCAGAAGCUGGAGGGCUACAAGGUGCAAGUCUUCGACGCCCAAGAUGUCGAAGAGCAGCCCAUGACCGAUCUCUGGAAGUCCGGCUCGGAGUUCAUUGACAGCUGCCUUCAGACAGGAGGCGGCGUGGCCAUUCAUUGCGCGCAGGGCAUCAGCCGGUCAAGCAGCACCUGCAUUGCUUACCUCAUGAUGAAGGACGCGAUGAGCCUGGAUGCCGCCUUUCGGCGUGUCUUCCAAGCUCGGAACUACAUCCGACCCAACCCGGGCUUCUGGCAACAGUUGCGGGAUCUCGAGAAGAAGCUCGGAACCCUUCCACCACGGCCUUCCAAAGCAGACGAGGCUGGCUUGGCGAUGGCACGCCUGGACGAGGAGCUCAGCAGCAAAAAGUCUGCCAUGGCAGCUGGGAAAUGGCAUCCAGGGCAGCCCCUGCCAAGUUCUUUUCUGUGCAUGUUCGGAGAGUUUUCCAAGGGGAUCUAUGACCACACCGAGCCACCCAGGAACCCCGUCUACUGGGCGAAGGACAGGGUAGUGACCAUCUGCAGGGACGUGGUGACAACGCUUCUGCAGGACACCUUGCCCGAAAUGGUACCUGACAUGGUCGACAGCGCGGUUGCUGCCAUGAACAGCCUUCUUCCCUUUUAUCGCUCGUCGUGGUGGCCGUACAGGGUCUUUCUGCCCAAGGUAGUGCUCGUCGGUGACAGCCGCACUGGAAAGACCUCGCUGCUGAAGCAGUGCGUUGAGCACAAAUUCUCAACCGACGUGCUUCCAACUGCUGGCUUGGACUUUCAGUGGAAGAAGGUGCUGGGUGGACGUGAAUGGAUCAAGCUGAAGCUGUGGGACUGUGCCGGCGAAGAUCGGUUUCGAAGCCUCAUGCCUGCCUAUCUGCAAGAUGCAGCCGCAGCAAUAGUCGUGUACGACGUGACGUGCUGGAGAUCCUGGUCAGCAGCCAGGGACUGGGUGAGUUUGGUGCACCACGAGCUGGGUCAGGAGACGCUGCUCGCAGUGGUCGGCAACAAGGCAGACCUGGAUGGGCGAAGGGAAGUGCCUUUCGACGAGGCGCAGAAGGAGACCGAAGCUCUCGGAGCGAUCUUCCUGGAGACCAGCGCCAAGACAGGCGACAAUGUGGACAUACUCUUCCAGGAGUUAGCCACGCAGCUGCCGAAUCGGCCUCGACCCGUUCGGCAAGCUGCCGAGCCCCAGCUACAGGACGAGGACGCCAGGCCGAGGCCUAUGAGGAAGCGCUGCUGCCUGUUCCCUCAACUGUGA